CACAAAAGAGAAAUCAAUAAAAUUUAUUUCUUUACGACGAAAUGCCAAUGUCAUUUUUAUUAUUGUCUUAGAAGUUUGGAAUCUCUUAUGGGUUAGGUGUGUGAAUAAAAAACUUCAAUUUCCAUAGCAAAUUCUAUUACACAAAAUAGAAAUCAGAGUCGGUACAAACUUGUCUUCAAAACUUCUGCUCAAUUGCAUUUCAGCUUGAAGACUUCAAUAGAAAAUUGAUUAUGGAAGAAUAAGUUAAUAAAAUGUUACGUUUUGUGGACCUUCUUCUCCUUUUCAAGAGAUGAUAUCUGAAUGUGUGUAAUAAAAAU